AUAUCCUAAUAUCAUCGAACACAUAGAUAGUGAUACUCCAAUUAACGUUUAAAAGAUAGAAAACAAACAAACAGACAAAACUGAUCUGAAAAAAAAAAAAUUGUCCUGAAGUUGAGAAGAAAGGCAAUGUGGGAAUGACCUUUACAUUGAGAACGAGGGUUUGCCAGAUUCGCUGAUUUUGCUGUUGUAUGACAGUUGAACGAGAAUUUUCGUGAUCAUUUGUGUAGGUUGUGUACCCUUUCGUGAACCUCUUUGUACAGGUCCGCCCAAAAGAAAGGAAAAUGGGAGAACAGUUCAUCAACAUAAAAGACUUAAAACCUGGACAAAAGAACAUAAAUAUUAUGUUUAUUGUAUUGGAGAUUGGUGCUCCAACAAGAACAAGAGAUGGCCAUGAUGUGAGAUCAGUUAAAGUUGCAGAUAAAACUGGGAGUAUAAAUAUCUCAAUCUGGGAUGAAACCGGUGACCUCAUGCAGACGGGGGAUAUUUGUCGCCUUACUAAAGGGUACUCAAAUGUUUGGAAGAGUUGUCUUACUUUGUACACUGGAAAAUCUGGAGAAGUUGUCAAAGUUGGAGAGUUUUGUAUGCAGUUUUCAGAGACACCAAAUAUGAGUGAACCAAAGCCAGAAUAUUCCAACAACCCAAAGGCAGACCAAACUGGCCAAAGAAAAUCCCCCACAGAAUCAAAUGAUGGGAAACCCCCACCUGGAGCUCCACAAGGGACACCACCUGGAAGACCUCAGGGUGAAGGUACAGGUAAUCCCGCAGGCUACCCUAACAGUCAUCCGCCAAGGCCUGGCAUGAUGCAAAACCAGCAGAUGCAGCCCCGCCCCCAAAUGAUGCCUGGAAUCCGCCCUCCCCCACAGAACUACCACCCACAGGGACCUCAGAACAUGAAUGGACGUCCCCCACACAGAGGAAUGAGAAGAUGACAUAGAUUUCAGCCAGCUUUAUUCUAUUCUGUUUAAGUGAUAGAUCCUCUCCCCCUCCACACAGUCAUAUGGAAAAAAGCAUAAUAAGCCAAUCAAAUUGGUUCAUACAUUGGAUCUAGGGUUAUAAUGCAUAUUAAGAUGGUUUUUGCUAGAAGCAUAGCUUCUGCACUCGGGAAUUCUCCUUGUUUGCUUUAACGUUUUACAGAACAGUUACAAAGCUUUAAAAUCUUUACAACACUACUUAAAGACAAGUCUAAGAAAUUGAUAACUUUUGUUCCCUGCAGUUUUCAGAGAAAGUGACCUUGUGCAAACAUUAUAUGGACUGCAAAAUUAUGACACAAUAUUUAAAUUGAUUUAAAGCUUUAUUUUUUUUUCUGUUACUUAAAAUGCUCAAAUUUUAAAUUUUAUAUGAAAAUGUUCACAGUGAAAAGUAUAUAAGUGACAAGUAAAUGAACAAAAAUCUCUCUCCUGCCUGAGGCUAAGUCUUAUACCUAUGAUAUUUCUACAGUAAAGUUUUAGUCAGGGAAAAAAACCAAGUGGUAUAAUAUGGUUGUCAAUACACAUUACAGCAUUUGCAGUAAAAAAAAAUGUACUUUGUGUACAAACACUACAGACUAAUAGCUGAACCAAGAGAGAAGAAAGAUAAACUUCCAUGAAUUUUGACAUGGAAACUUGAAUUUGUUUACUCUAUUGCAAAGUGUACUCUGUGGUUUCAUAUUAGCAUCAGAGAUAGGUCAAGUGUUGGAUGGCAGUUUCUGAGGUUUGGUUUACUAGUAAUCAUCACGAAGCCCCAUCCCAGAUGGGGCAAUCCAAAGUGUUUGACAUAAAAAUGUUGAGUUUAUAAAAUCAAAAAACUACAUGCAUAAACUGCACCGGAAAGUUAGUUUUAUAAUCAUUGUUCAAAGAACAGCUUUAGUUAUGUUUCAGAUGAAAACAAAAUUUAAUUUCGGGA